CUGUUGUGCUGGAAGUCGAACGCGGCUAGGGAACGCGAUCGAGCGGGUGCAGAUAUUAUGACGGCUGAGAGUCUACCUAGCGCAGCGUCAGUGUGCCGUGUUUUUCUGUCGCCGCCUGGUUUAGUUACGUCGCUGACUAGCGGCAGCGCAUGGCGUAGGAAAUGGCUGCCGUGAACUGCAAUCUCCAGCGCAGCACGGUAUCUGUCAGGCGUCCUGCUGAUGGUCGGCUGGAAGAAAUUACUCGAAACGGACACAAUAUAUUCCAAUUCAAGCAAACGGUGUGCCAUGCUUGCAAUGGCUUCUAUGGACCAUCCUUUGGCCACCCUCUGUGUUGCACAUGCCAUGCUUUUUUGUAUCCUGAUGUGCUGUCCGACUUGGAUGGAGACCAGGGAUGGAAAAGUGACUCUGAAGACUCUGGAAAUGAUGAACCGGAAGACUUUUAUGAUAUGGUGAAGCAUAAUGUUGAGCGUCCAAGGCUGCCAGCAGCAGGGCCAAAAGCUGAUAGACUCGCAGAAUGUAUAUCUGCCCUUAGCAGCCCAAGGCCACAGGAGUCAAUGCCUGAUGGUGUCUUGGCACAGCUCCCACUUGAAGUGCUGUCCCUCAUCUUCAGACGGCUGGAUGAUGUGUCACUGUGGCAUUGUAGCCAGGUUUGCCGCCGCUGGCGGCAUAUUCUGGAGUGUGAACUCAGUGAAGAUCACUGGUCUUUGUUCAUCAAACACCGUUGGCCUCUCUUCAAGCCUCCUCACAAAGUCACUUCUUGGAGGAUCCUUUACAGCCGUCUGGUUGCCAGUGCACCGUGCCGGCGGUGCCUGCAGGAGCUCAGGGAAGGCCCCAGGGGCCGUGCUUACGACUGGGGCCCUGAGGGCUCCUGGCGCGCUGUGCGGCUGCAGCAGGAGCUGCGCUUGUUGCAGACAGAACCUCCUGAGGGCAUUGGGGCUCUGCCACUGGACCCGCUGUGUGCCCACUGGCAGGCAGCUAUUGAAGGGCCUCCAGACAGCCCUUAUGAAGGUGGCCAGUUCCUCCUCUUUCUGCAGAUUCCCAGCGCGUAUCCCAUGAAGCCUCCCAUUGUGAAGUUCCUUACUAAAAUCUUCCAUCCUAACAUAAGCCGUCAUGGGGACAUUGGCAUUGAUUCCAUACACCAUAACUGGAGCCUGGCACUCACCAUAUCAAAGGUGCUCAUCAGUAUCCAGUCCCUUUUGACAGACCCAUACUGCCUUGUCUGUAUGGAGCCUGAGGUGGGACGGCUGUAUCUUGAAGAUCGCCUGGGCUUCGAGCGCACAGCUAGACUCUGGACACUACGCUAUGCCAUGCAUGGUGAUCCAAGCGACUUUCAUGGCCAUGCCUUGGAAAGUGGCUGAAUACUUCUAUCAAAGUGUUCCAAGGCCAUAGCCCAUGUGUGCUCGUCAACAUGUGCUACUGUUUCCGCACAAAGUGAGCCAGUCAACAUAAAGAGUGAGGAGCGGCUGGCUGCAAUUCCACAAGUGGCACACCUUCCUGCCCACAGGGCCAGGCAGGGGACUGGCCAGCCUAGUCACCGCAUCUGCAGACACCCUUAGGAAGUCUGCACUUUCUGCUCACCUACCUGGCACCCUCUCCUAUCCUCUUUUUUUCUUAAUUGUACCUCCUGUCAACUGAUUCGCGAAAAAAAAAAAUGAAUGGCAACAAGUUGUGAUCCAUGACAAGCAAGGGAUGUAGUAACAGCCAAGUGUUUGCUUUCCAGGUACUUAAGGCCAUAAAGAAAGAACAGUCAGUUCUCAAAAAAUAUGUUGCAAAAUGUACUGAAGUACUGCUUAGUAAGGUGGUGUAACUACCUGUUGCCCAGUGUUGCUUACAUGUAGUUGCUCAGUUUCUGUCUGUAAUAUCACAUAAGUUGUUCAUUGUGGUCACUAGUGUUGUGAAUUUGCACAACAGAGACCAGUGUAGCAUUUCUUGUAUUCUCUGGUAACCCCAUUGUUUGAACACUGUCGUGAGGGCCCUGCCCAUGCAUGACUUAACUGCAUGGUGCAAAAAAAGGAAUAAGAAGAAAGCUUCAUGUUUUCUCAUUCUUUUGUUAGGUAGUUCGUAUGAGGCCUCAGAACAUUUGGUCAGUUAAACUGAGGACUGGGCAGCAUUUGUGAACAUUCAUCCGAGAAAAUUUCGAAUUCAAAUUGAAAUCGCCACAAUUGACUGUGCUACAUGUAUUUAACAACCCGACAAUGCAUGUUGUAGGCGUAAAGAGCGUCUGUUUGAAAUCUGCCGAAGUUACUGCUGUAGCUGAAAAUAGAAACUUUGUUCAAGAAAGAGAAAUUUUGGCUUUAUAAAUUUUCUUGUUGCCAUUUGUAAAAAAUGCAGGCAAUGAAAUUUACCACAAUUUGUUUAUCUAAUCAUAUCAAACAACAGAGCCUUAUUGAAGAGCAGACACAAGGAAGACUGGGCCUGCUAUUACAAGCAUAUCAAACACACCUCGGCAAGCUUAGCUAGUGCGUGUUAGAUUGCAUUGGUAUCACCCUUGUUCUUUUUCUUCUCUUUUCAUUAUUGAUUUAUCAGCCUUCUUCAAUGUUCAUGGGUAUGAAAUCGAUAUGAUGGCAGCAAUUCCACCACAGUUGCUUCAAACAUUAUUUCUGAUCUUUCAUGAGGAAAUAUCUCAGCUUUGCGUUUAUGCAAGCUUAAUUUUGUAAUCUUCAGUUAACAUUUUCUCAGGACAAGCCUUGCAUGCUUCUGUGGCUAAAGGACUUGCUGGCUUAGCUCAGUACUAUGUAUUUCAUGCAGCUUGAACCAGGCUUAGAGUGACACUUUGUAGACAGACAAAACGAACAGCAUAUUGGUCAUCUGUAGCAACUAAGAAUUCUUCCUGUUCGACACUUACUUAGCUGGCUAGAACACUUAUGCAAAUUUUUCAAUAUUCAGUUUAGGGCAUUGGUUGUGUUUGAAGCAGUCUUAAGGUGCGUUGGGGAGGCACACAGUACAGUUACGUUUUAUGUGGUGCUUUUUUCCGAGUUGUGAAGACGGACCACAGAGCAGGAAAGAAUAACGUCAUUACACGUGUGCUGAGGUUGCUAACUAAACCCUACUUGUAAAGAUGUAAGCGACUCAAGACUAGAACAAUGUGCUGUUGGACCUCAUCUGUCCAAGGAAAAUCACCUUCUUUAAAAAAAAGUUAGGUUCAAGUUGCAUGAAACACUAUAUGUGUGUAAUUGAAAUGGAAAAAAUAUUUGCUGUAGUCAUGUGUGUCUUUAUGUAUUAUUUCGAUUGAAUGCCACUGCUUUUGUUUGAAGAACAACCCUGUUUAGAAUUCUUGAAUAUGUUCAGGAAUCUUUCUAGCCAGCUUACUCUUCAUGUUUGAUUACUCUAUGCCUAUACGAUUGCUGUCUGAGCCUCGUUUGCAUUGCUGGAUGAUUUGGAGUAAUUUUCUUGACACAGAUUGCCAUUAUCAGUUGCUGCACAAAUUUAACACUUUUUUGUGGACCCUACUGACUUCUUCACAGUCACUACCAUAUGGUAUACAUGUUCCUCUCCUUGCUCUAGGGUUGCAUAAUACGCCAGUGCUGGCUGCUGUGUAGUACUAAAUUUGCGAAAACCUGUCUGCUUACUGCCCCCCCCCCCUCCACCCAUUUUUCUCUCUCUCUCUUUUUUUUUUUUUACUAUACAGCCAUAUUCAUUCCAUUUUGUGCAGGGCACAAAAUGAGAACUAAAAAAUCAUGUCAGGGUUCAUGGCAAGCCAUUAAUGUCCCUGAAGGGGUAGGAGCUUGAUGUACUUCCAGUUUCUCAUGCUACAAGAUAUUCUGAGCAGUUUGUUCAUGAACUUGUUCAAUGCUAAGCAUGCCAAUUUUUAUUACUGUUCAAGAUUGCUCCCAUGAAUAAGAGCAGCAAACUGAAUACAAACAGCAGGGGUUUCCGAGGCAACCCAUACCAGCACUAAGUGUACUACAUAGUGUAUCUACACACUCAGCGUAAUUUUGAAAGCUUUUCUGCAUUCUGUUUCUUUAUUUAUGUGGCACAGAGUGCUUUUUUUUUUGUGUUAGCUGUAUUAAGCAUUUGUGGUUUUCACUGGGUGCCAGAAAGGUGAAGUGCUCUACAUCAGUAGGUAUUGAUUUCACUCCCCCCCCUCCCCUUUUUUUCUUGCCUUCUCUCUUUUUUUUUUUCCUUCCAGUUUGCUGUGUGAAAUUAGCUGCACUUGUCUCCCAUGUUGUGUGGCUUUUUUCUGAGUGUGGCCUUUUUCUUCGAAGAUAGCUAACUGCUGGUUGUUGUCUUGUGCAACCCUAGGUUGGUUAUGCCACAGGCUGUGUGCUGUGUUACCCGUAAAUGCUGCACAGUUGGCCAAGGCUGACUGAAAUUUCUUAUCGGGAUCUGUUGUGUGUAUUGCUGCUCUAGUUUGUGCUUUAAUGCUGCAAAUUUUCCAGUUGUAUUUCCGUUUUCAUUUUUUGCAUGAUCAUGUUUUUGUACAUUUGUUGGCUUGUUUUUUUUGUGUGUGUUUCCUGUUUGCCUAAGCUGGCUGAAUAAAUUCAGUGAUGGAGCA